AAGGGGCUCCCAAAUCGGCCGAGAAAGAGAUCUAAACCCUAACCCUACCCUAAUCCUCCAAAUAAAAAUCUCAUCUGCCUCGAAGCAGAUCGAUCGAAGCAGAUUCAGGAGGUGCUUGGCCUCUCCUCGAUCAACUCCCUGCGCCCGAUUUCUCUUCCCGGAAGUAGAUCGGUAGCGAUUCUGGUACUGUUAGAUGCAAUCCGUUUCACAUUUGACAGAAGAAUCUGAUAUUGGGAUUAUAUCAGAUCUGCUGCAGCUUUAAGUGCUUAAUCCUGAGUUGGAGAACACCAAUUAAGGUUCUCGAGAUCUGGUGAGAUACUGCAACGCAAUACCUACUGAAUAAUGGCACAGGAAAGCUGGAAGAAGGAGACUGAUCAGACUGAAUGUGAGACACCUGAAGGCCCAAUUUUAUGUGCAAAUAACUGUGGCUUUUUCGGGAGUGCCAUGACCAAUAACUUGUGUUCCAAGUGUUACAAAGACCUUGUCAUGAAGCAUAAGUCAAUGGUAACUCUAUCUGUUACUGAGUCAGGCAAAAUGACUGUUAUUCCUUCAUCUUCGGUGCAAAUUGAACCUACUGUUGAAGUUUUGGAUAAGAUAAGUGGACCCUGUGAGGUGAACAUGGUUAAGGAUCGAGCGGAGGACUCGUGCAACAAACAGCCAGCUAACCGUUGUUUCCAGUGCAAGAAAAGGGUAGGAUUAACAGGGUUCAAAUGCCGAUGCAGCAGCACCUUCUGCUCAGCUCACAGGUACCCUGAAACUCAUGAAUGCUCAUUUGACUACAAGACUGCUGGUCGAGAGGCUAUAUCCAAGGAGAACCCCGUUGUCAAGGCAGAAAAGAUUGAGAAAAUCUGAAGUUGUUGCUGAUGCUGUUCUUGAGAAAGGUAUAAAUGUCACUGUCUGUCUUUGAUGGCAUAUUACCAUUGAAUUCUCAUAGUCAUAUCAGAUGAAAGGGAGUGUCAUGAUACCUUAUAUUGUUAGAUGGUAAUGUCCGUGUGCUUUUCAGCAGUAAAUAAUGUAAAAAGAAACUGUGUGUUUCUUCUUUGAUGUUAAAUAUCCUUUCACUCUUUAGCGAAA